AUGGCUCCCAAUAGUCGUUUGUGGAAGAGGGACGCUGAGGCGGAAUCCGAUGCGGCAAAGCUUGCGGAUGUAGCUAGUACACUAGCUACGAAAAUAUUUGGACACAAGCAAAAGCACCACACGACCACAACGGAGUCAGAGCUUGAGCUGGAUGAGAAUGAGGAUUUCAGCACUUCGUCGCCUACGAAGGGGGAAGCCGAGAAGCUGGGAGACAAGGCGGCCGAGAUGACGGAGGCGUUAGCUCAUGAGAUGGGCAUCCCGACGUGGGGACUCGUUUCUAUUAUCAUCGUAGUAGUACUAAUUAUCCUGGGCAUUUGCGGUUUCUGCAUCCGGCGCUGCUUCCGAAAGAGACGAUCCAAAGAUGGCAAGAAGGGCAUGAAAGGAGUUGAUUUGAAAUCGGUACAAUUAUUAGGUUCAGCAUACAAAGAAAAGGUGCAACCCGAUAUGGAAGAGCUUACGGAGAAUGCUGAGGAAGGAGACGAGGGUGAAAGCAAGCAAAGUGAGCAAAAACUGGGCAAAUUGCAAUACAAGCUGGAGUACGAUUUCAAUUCGAAUGCUCUCACCGUGACCGUGAUACAAGCUGAAGAACUUCCAGCCCUGGAUAUGGGUGGAACUUCUGACCCGUACGUGAAAGUGUACCUUCUGCCGGACAAAAAGAAAAAAUUUGAAACGAAAGUUCAUCGAAAAACUCUGAAUCCAGUGUUUAACGAAUCUUUCACGUUCAAGAGUCUCCCGUACGCAGAAGCCAUGAACAAGACGCUGGUAUUCGCCAUUUUCGACUUUGAUCGCUUCUCUAAGCAUGAUCAAAUCGGUGAGGUCAAGGUACCGCUUUGCCAGAUUGAUUUGGCACAAACCAUCGAAGAAUGGAGAGAACUGCAGAGCGUUGAGGGCGAAGGCGGGCAGGAAAAUAAGUUGGGAGAUAUUUGCUUCUCGUUACGCUAUGUACCCACUGCAGGUAAAUUAACUGUCGUUAUCUUGGAAGCGAAAAAUCUCAAAAAAAUGGAUGUUGGCGGAUUAUCAGAUCCUUACGUCAAGAUAGCCCUGAUGCAGAAUGGAAAGCGUUUGAAAAAGAAAAAGACUAGUAUCAAAAAAUGUACACUAAACCCCUACUACAAUGAGUCGUUCUCAUUUGAAGUUCCUUUCGAACAAAUACAAAAAGUGAAUCUUGUCGUUACCGUCGUGGAUUAUGAUCGUAUCGGAACGUCGGAGCCCAUCGGAAAGGUAGUCCUAGGAUACAACGCUAGCGGUACGGAGCUGCGCCACUGGUCGGACAUGCUGGCCUCCCCCAGGCGCCCCAUCGCCCAAUGGCACACGCUGAAAGAUCCUGAUGAUGACAAGAAGGAUUAAAGCGGCUACAACGAGCACUCACACUGACGACCAUAGGACGACACAGCUGGGAUCAAGCCCCAUCGAUCAAGAGAGCGUGCGAGAAAGCGUUAGAGAGAGAGAGAGAAAGAGAGAAAGCAAGAGAGAGCGAGCGAGUAAGCGCUAGAGAGAGAGAUAUUGGGCGAAAGAUCGAAAGCGAGAACGAGAGCGAGAGAUAGAUAAGAUAGCUGCGAUGCGCGCACUUGCAUAUGUGACCAUGCUACAAAUUACAUGCACUGUAAAAUAACCUUGUCAACGUUCUUCAGUACACUCUAUUCUCUCCUGAAUCCUACUCCUUCCGUUAUGCUUCCACAAACUUUCCCGCCACAUCGUUCCGUUCCCCAGCACUUUGGGGCGCUGUCACCUGUGGGCGCCCUACCAUCCCAUGGGCAAUGUCGGCCCUACGCCGCAAGCCUAGCACAUGAGAGGAACGAGCCCCAGUAUAUCUUGGUUAGUAGCGAUAACAUGGCACAUACAAAUACAUGUAUUAACGCUCCUGUUACGUAGAGAUUCUGGGAGCUGGUAGAAUAUUCACAGAAUUUAGUUCUCGUUCCAAGACCAGUCAGACAGCUAGCGGAGCAAGUAGUUCGGUGGAAGGAGUAUAUCAGUCAUGUCGAUAGCGUAGCUGUACAUCUUUCCCAUCCCCCUCCGAACCGAGCGGACCGUGGAAGAACGAAGACGCAAACAAGAUUGUUUUAACCCACGAAACGAACAAUAGAUAGACGUGUUAUACAAAGCAAGCAAGCAUCACGAAGAAAAAAAACGAACGAAAGCCAUUAUCACACGACGUGUUAUACCCUCAUGGAGACAUUACACUAGUAAUCGAUAGGACGCCGCUUGUAAGAUUUGAUUUGUACAUUCCACGCAAAUGCGCUCUUCCUAGAAACGGAUCCGGUAGCCUCAUAAAAUGAGGACUAUCGCACAUUUCACUAGCAGACAGGACAGAUUCGAGCGGAUUCUAGCUAGGAGGGCUUUUCGUUGCUGACACUCACGAACGUAGAACGGUGCACCUGAUUCGUUUGGUUUGUUGUGAUGUUGUUGACUUUUUUGGCAUUUUGGCGCUCCCCUGCGACACGCAUCCGUGCACGCAUUUAUGAUUGAAACGAAGGCAAACAUAUUUACGACCAUCGGAACGAGAUGCUAUGAACUAAGUAACAAACUUCUCCAGCGUAAGGCAAGAGAGAAAAAAAUCCGUGUUUUCAUCCCAUCAACAUAACGAUGAAAAAACGAAAUAGAUUAAUGUGAGUCAAAGGAAAAGUACCGUCUGUAUUUCUUGUUGAAUAAUAUGAAAGCUAUUGACCUAUUUAUUGUUAAAUAAAUAAUCUAACUAAACAUAUUAGGCAUAUAUAACCAUUACAAAGUUAAUAAUAUCUGAGCAACUGUACUACAAAGCAGCAGUAUUUCGGAAAGGAACGUAAUAUAAGUUCAAUUUUUUCGUGCAUAAACUGUAGGGCGUGCAGAAGCGCAAGAAUAGCAUACCUUUCCCUAGCUGUAGGCCGAGUUGUGGCCCAAGCACUACACAAAUCUUCAACAAUCUGCAGCAAAACUACCAAGCCGGGUUUUAUGGGUUUAGUUUUUAGAUAGAUUCUCGUUUGGGUUCGGUUCGUUUAGGCGUUUACAAGCGCAACAGGCGGUUUAAAGGGCACUUGAGACAGACACAGAGUCGCAUCCUGAGCGUAGAGCAUGGUAGCAAGACGUUUAUAGGAUGUUCAAUAUACCGUAGGUUACUGUAUCUCUCAAAUAUUGGUAUGACCUUGUUUACAUAGUACUUUUGUUCAUGGAGUACAUACGCAUUUCAAUCGAAAGGGAGAAUGAAUUUAUGAUGGGAUCCAACAUUUCCACAACAUUGAAUCAAUAAAUAACAUGCUCUUGGUGCGGGAACGGGUUGCAGCAACAAGGGAUAGACAAGCUUUUACCAAUAAAUAACUCCGGAUCAUUAGAGAGUGUUUAACGACAGUAAGCAGAUCUUUAAAAAAUAUAACAAUAAUUAGACAUGUAUAAGAUAAUGUUUAUCUAUCAAAAAAAAAACGCAUUGCGAGAGUAUGUAUAUUAAGAUAUUGUAAAUCAAACGCUAAAUAAAGUAUUGAAGUGUAAAUGA